AUGACAAAUACUAGAUUCCUGAUUGAUAUUGUGUAUUACCCCCAUCAUAAGGGCAGCGGAAUGCAAGCUGUACAUGUACCUCAGAAGUCCGACGUUACCGUUAUCUGGAACCGACAUGAACAUGAUGGGAAGAAGGCUGGGGCGCUUCCCAAUUGCUUCCUACCUUUCCUGGAGUCAUCGGACUUGGUGCGACUGGGUGCCUGCUGUCGCUACCUGCGUGACACCGCCUUCAUCGAUGACGUGUGGCGGCCCCGCUGUGAGGCGCUGGGCUGGAGCGGCUUCCCACGGGGCACCUCUUGGCAGGCGGGGUUCAGCCUCCGCAGGCGGUCUCUGUGUGUGGAGUGCGGCCACCCCAGCCGCUACGUGUUCGCCUUGCUGGGCUGCAGGCUGUGUGAGCGCUGCGAGCACCGAGUGGGUCGCGGGGCGGCGGUCAGGCGGUGUUCGAUGGUGAUGAUGACGACAUCGGCGGCGGUGUUGGAGAUGGAGAUGGAGAUGGUGCGGAGGUGGAGCCCGUUGGUGGGGAAGAUGUCAUUAGCGGGCCGCAGCGCGAAGGUGUUGAAGGCGUGUUGUUGUUGGUAUUCUUGGUGUGUGUGUGAGAUGGGAAGUGCGGGUCUUCACGGGAAAUUCGACUACGAAAGCGACGACGGUGUAUACGAUGGUGGUGGUGGUGGUCAGGGCGGCAGUGGCAGUGGCUCCAACGAGACAGAUGGUGGUCAGAGCAAUCAGGUCGCCGGUGGAGAGCGGCGCGCCGAGGAGAAGGCGGCGCGCAAGGCAGCAAAGAAGGCGGCUAAGGAGGCCCAGAGGCUCAAGAGGCAGCUGCGGAACACGUCAGCGAGGGGAGGGGCGGGCGGUGGCCGGCGGUCGCCGGGCAGUGCCGUACAGAGCCCCUUCCCGCCCUGUGGAAAGACUGGUGCGGGCGCCCCGGUGGUGGUGGGGUCCGCUCUAGGGCGCUCCGGGGCCGGUGGCCAGCAGCCGCCGGAGCGGCCGCCGCCUCAGCUCCCGCAGCGUCAUCAGCAACAGCAACAGCAACAGCAGCGGCCUACGGGUCUUGUGGGGGGAAAGGGGAAGGGGGAGGGGGAGGGGGCCGUCGGACAACCAGCUCGAGGUCGCCGAAGAGGCGAGGCAGCGGCUGCUCAGGCAAAAGGUUGUUCGCCGACUUCGACUUGUCGUACUGCGAGACCGCUGCUGGUCGUACAGGACGAUGGUGACGGCGAGGGGUCGGGGCUGCCGCUGGAGGGUCAGGCGGUGGCGCUGCCGCGGAGCAGCGGGGGGCGGGGGGGGGCCCGCGGCGGCGGCGGCGGCGGCGGCGGCGGUACUAGCCACGCCGGCGGCGGUGGCGGCCACACCAGCAGCCGAGUGACAAAGCUGAAGAGCGGCUGGGCGGCGGAACGUGAGGCGCUGAUGGCGGCGUGGGGCCAGUACGGCAUCAGUGGGCUCGUACUGGCCAGCUGA